UGAAAAUAGAGACGAGCAGGAAAGACCGAAGGAAAUCCGACGAGAUCCAGACCGGGCGAUCCCCCGUGACGCCAAGCCAUGACGAUGGAACUUGGUUGGCUUCACAGAUUCAAUCUGGCUUCUUCCACUUACCAAUCCUUCAAUCACCUUCCAGUCACGCAACCUGGCAAACAUGAGUUGACCAACAACACCCUCCCUCCCUUGCCUGGUCCGUUCCGGCUCUAUUCAUCUGGCUCCAUCCAUCAGUCCAUGGCCCGCACAGAUCCUCGCACUAGGCAUGCGGGACCUGAUUCCCGUCCCGGCUGUGAUGCAGACCCAGCUGAGUUGUUGCUGUUGUUGUUUGUCGCUACAAUGAUGGCCAUCGCGUUCAUCUCGGUUGGGAACCCCUCUUGUCCUAGGAACAGUACGAUGCUGUCCCCUGUCCCUAGUCAGCCUCUGUUGUGCCUCUGUUGAUGUGUACGGCAAUCUGAAAUUAUGACGCAUCUGGGGAAAAGCGCAAAAGACCCGCCUACGCUGGUCCUCCUUCCGUCGGCGUCGCUCAGCUUUCCCUGGACAGGCCACUGCACAGGGCCAGAAAAACUUUCGGCUCAAGCUUCAGGGUAAAAAAUAAUACAACAUCCUCUGACGUAAAAGAUACGCCCCGCUGGUUCGGUCUGCCAUGCGCCCUUCCGUCC